AUGGGCCUCUCAACCAAGACGAUACAUGUCCACCGCCACCAGCAGCACCUGAAGUGGUCUCGAGAUAUCCCACCCGUCCUUACGGUCAACUCGGGUGAGACGGUCACCUUCGAUGCGCUUGACGGAAGCAAUGGCAUGAUAACAAGGGAUUCCGGCGACGACGCUAUAUUGAAGUUCGACGUUGCGAGGGCGGACCCUGGAUUCGGACCUAUCUAUGUCAACGACGCCGAGCCCGGAGAUGUGCUCAAGGUUGAGAUCUUGGACCUGCAACUUGGCGACUGGGCGUGGACUGCUAUUGUGCCUAACUUUGGCCUCUUGGCUGAUGAGUUUCCGGAAGCGAGGCUUAAGAUAUGGGACAUUGAUCCAAGCCUGCCCUACGUCAAGUUCAAGGAAGGCGUGCAUAUCCGCAAGGCACCCUUUCUCGGCAUUAUGGCCGUUGCUCCUGGCGUCGAAGGCGAGUUCUCUACCAUCCCGCCGCUGGAGACUGGCGGAAAUAUGGACUGCCGGUACCUCACUGCGGGCUCAACGCUCUACCUGCCCAUCCGUACCAAGGGUGCCCUCUUCAGCUGCGGUGACGGCCAUACAGCCCAGGGAGACGGAGAGGUCUGCGGAACGGCCGUUGAGACCACUCUCACUGCCUCACUACGCCUGACGGUCUGCAAAGACCAGCCAUGGGUUACCUCUCCGCAGUUCCAGACGCCUCCGCUCAAGCAGACGCUCUCUGCGGCAGAUAUCGACGCCGAUAAGGGCGAAUACGCUACCAUGGGCAUCGACUCUGACCUCCUCGAGGCAACUCGGAAAGCAACCCGGAACAUGAUCGAAUGGCUCACUCGCACCAAGGACUUGACGCGAGAGGAGGCCUAUAUGCUCACCAGUGUGGCAGGCUGUCUCAAGAUGGUCGAGGUCGUUGACAUGCCCAACUAUGCUAUUGUAAUGACAAUGCCACUAAGCAUAUUUGUGGCCCCAGAUCGGCCAAAUGGAACGGCUACCUGA